CAGCUGGCACAGGAUGAUGAGCGCAACGUCAAGCGGAACGCGAGUGCGAGGUGGGCGCAGCACAUAAACCAACGUUGUGAAGCAGACGAGAACGAGCGUCAGCAUGCAGGCGACCAACACCGGGUUCUGCUGGAGGAUCCUUCUACUUUCCUGCGCGCUUUUGCAGAGUUUAUCCCAAGACUUCGGAGGACAGACGCAGUUCAUCUGCACGUCCGUGCCCAAGGAUGUGGACAUUUGCGCAGCCACGCUGCAGAACAGCGUUCCGGGAGAUGAUCUGAAAACUACUGUCAUGCAGCUGCGGGAGACGGUUUUGCAGCAGAAGGAGACAAUUAUUAACCAAAAAGAAACUAUCAGGGAACUGACCUCGAAGUUGGCCCGCUGUGAAAGCCAGAGUGGCGUGGAGCCUGGAGACGCGCGGCCCGGGGGGAGAAGGAAGGAAUCUGGGACCAAAAACACAAUGGGGGACGUGUCCAGGGGCCCCGCUGACACUUUGGCGCAACUGUCACAGACUUUACAGUCUUUGAAGCAGAGAUUGGAAAAUCUGGAGCAAUUCAACAGAAGUAAUAGCUCCGUGCAGGCGAACAGCCUCAAAGAUCUGCUCCAGAGUAAGAUCAAUGACCUGGAGAAGCAGGUGUUGUCCCGGGUCAACAGCAUUGAGGAGGGGAAGCCCGGACUCCGGAAUGAGACGGAGCAGCGUGGGAGAGUAGAGUCCACCCUCACGUCCUUACACCAGAGGAUCACAGACCUGGAAAAAGGCCAAAGAGAAAGUAGACCUCUGGAUAAAUUUCAGCUCACGUUCCCCCUCAGAACCAACUACAUGUAUGCAAAAGUGAAGAAGAGUUUACCAGAGAUGUACGCCCUCACUGUGUGCAUGUGGCUGAAGUCGAAUGCGUCUCCUGGAGUGGGAACGCCUUUCUCCUAUGCAGUUCCAGGUCAGGCCAACGAGCUGGUCCUCAUAGAGUGGGGAAACAACCCAAUGGAGAUACUAAUAAAUGACAAGGUGGCAAAGCUGCCAUUUCUUAUCAAUGACGGUAAGUGGCAUCAUAUUUGUGUGACCUGGACAACUCGGGAUGGGGUUUGGGAAGCUUUCCAAGAUGGUGUCAAGAGGGGAAGUGGAGAAAACCUGGCUCCAUAUCAUCCUAUCAAACCACAGGGGCUGCUGAUUCUGGGCCAAGAGCAGGACACCUACGGAGGCGGAUUUGAUGCCACACAAGCCUUUGUUGGAGACUUGGCAAAUUUCCACAUCUGGGAUAAAAAACUGUCUGUGGAGGAGAUUUAUAAUCUAGCAACCUGCAGCAGCAAAGCUCAAGUGGGCAACGUUUUUGCCUGGAUGGAGACGAGCCUUGACAUUUAUGGAGGUGCCUCCAAGUGGACUUUUGAAGCUUGUCGUCAGCUGAACUGAAAAGCAGGGAAGAAAAGUUUGAUCAUUUUGCAAAAGCCGAAGCUGUCCAGGUGGUUGGUGAACAAAGUAGACAGAUCAGGAUAAAGAAUCUGGAAAUUGUUUUAGAUAUUUGAAAUCGUAGUUUGUGGAUGAUUUUUUUCCCAGAUCCCCAUGUGGGACGGAGAACUGAAAGAGGACAUUUCGGCCUUUUGGGGGUGCUUGAAUCCAUGUCAGGUCGACUGGUGGCUUCAUUUGUAAAAUACCUGAGAGUGGAGAUGGCCUCUCUGGAGCAAAAUGAAGAACCAAACGCACAGGCGGCGGUCGCAUAGUUUGUAGAAAUCAGAUGUCACACAGUUCAGCAAAGCAGCCGACUUCUUCAAAUGUCUUUUCCAUCUCGACUGCCAGGAAUUUUCACUGUGAAAAAAGGGCGGGGUGGACUCAUCUAAGCGGAAUGUGAUCGACUGAAGGUUUUUGAAAUAGACAUCUUUGUUUCUCUGUCACUCUUCUCUUCUCACCACCUGCUUGGCGUGGCUUCGCGUGAAGAACAAUGUUUAUUCAUUGCCAACUUUUUGAGCCUGAGUGCCUUUAGGCUGUAGAAAGAGAUCUCAGCACAUUUCUCAUUUCUUUGCAGUGUUUUCGUGCAUUUUGUGUUUCUUCUCUUGUAAUUAGAAUUUAAAGGAGACGUUUGUUGUUAGAGUUAAACCAACAGGUGGCCAGGUCAUAAAAUGCAAGUCAUUGUUGAUGAGUAUGGCGCCUUUUACACUCUUUUGACCUUCGGUGGGAAUGUCCUCUGUACAGUUGGAGCAUGUCUUAACUUCUGUAAUGCUGCGCCAGCAUCUAUGAUCUCUGCUUUUAAUAUCCUUUGUUUAGGUUUUCUACUUUAAUGUUAUAAAUAUAUAAAUAUAUAUAUAUAUAUAUAUGUAUAUGCUUAUAGCAUGGCAAAGUUGAGAGAAAAGUUCUAGUUUUUGUAAUAAAUUGUGAUACUUCAAUCAUAUGCAGGCGUAAAAAUAACUAUUUUUCCAUGCAUACAUGUUGAAGUGGGACAGAGAUAAGAAAAAAUAAUAAAAAGACAAACGUUUUGCAAA